AUGGUGGUCCCUGUGGUGGCUGAUCUCACCGGGUGGACGUUCGACCUGGACGACGAAGAACUGAUCGAGCAUUAUCUUGUUCCCAAGGUGCGCGGAGAGCAGAAGUCUCAUCUCUGUUUUAUCCCCGAGCUCGACGUGUACGCCACGGAGCCUUGGAAUCUUGGACUUGAAUUCAGGCAUGGGAAACAUAGAGAUGCGUUCUUUUGCUUCACCCGAGUUGCUCGUUCCGUCGCCUCCAACGGCAGGCUGCAGCGUGGUGCUGGGAACGGCACAUGGCAUGCCGGUGGUCGGAGAACCCUUGUCCGCUGCAACGGUGAAGUUUCUGGGCAAAAGAUGAGCAAUCUCAAGUUCAUGCUACGAGCAAAGAAAGGUGGGAAGGCUGUGGCCACUUCUUGGAUAAUGCACGAGUACCGGCUCUUUAAACCUGCAAUCGACGACCAAGGGAAGGAGAUGGUGCUUUACCGCAUCCAGAAGUCCAGGACGGGCUUGAGCGAUGAUCAUGAAUGCCUGGAUGAUGAUUUUUCUGUCUCUAUGGCCAACCAGCAGCGGUGGAAGCGGAAAAGAGCCCAAAUGCCGCCACCGGGCAUCGCUGAUUAUGAGCAACGGCUGGGGAGUACCAACAUGUCCCUCUGGGAGGAUUCAGGCAAUACGAAGGUCAACCAAUUGAUGUAUGAUGAUCAUGCCCAACAACCGGAGGGGAUUAUGAUAGAAAGCACAACCAGCAAAAGCGAUCAAAUGCCGCUGAUUAUGAGCGACAACCGGAGAGUACCAACAUGUUAG